CCUCUUAAACAUGCAAUCGAGUACGAAUAUCGAGUUUUUGAAGAUAUCCCCAUCCAGUUCCAUAAUGGAACUCUGAACCCCAAGAAACCCACAAAUUUCGGCGGAAAGCCCAGACCCGCGCUGGACGCGGCAUGGCGAAAACUAACAAAGAAUCAGAAUAUAUAUUUGACUGAAAAAGAUCUUGGUCAACCUAUUGAAGAUGACACAGUUAUACAAUUGACUGAUGGCAGUGGCGCAUUUGCUACUUUGACUGUAUAUCAUGGACUUCACUGCAUGGAGAGGCUGCAUCAUUACCUAUAUCCUGAGCACUACUAUUCUUCCUUCUCAGAUGAUGAGAAGCUGCUUUUGAAAUACCAUGCAGAGCACUGCUUGAAUUGGUUAAGACAGUACCUCACGUGCAAUGCUGACACAACGCCAAUCAUGAUGCAUUGGAUAGCAGAAAGUGCGCUGCCUAUUGCCAAGGUGGAUGGUGGAAGCCAUUCUUGCGUUAACUGGGAUCGCAUUGACGAAUGGGCGGAGAAACGCACCUUUGUUCCCUCUGGCGAUAACAUGAAGCACCCCAUUUAUGGU